GGCUACAACAAACGAAUCAACCAACAAAUCUGCACAAGAGUCAGAAAAUGAGAUUUCAAUUACUGAACUGUACCCUCGCUAGAUCUUGGUCACGAGAUUUAUAUUCAUUCACCAUCAAUCUGCUCAUGAAGUGAAUGCUAUGGUUAUUCUAUUAGUAGUGCAGCUUGGGGCUUCUCUUUCUACACUAAGGUUGGAAUCCCUCGGCUAUAAAAGCUUAGCGGUAUUUAAAACCUGAGGCAUCCAAUCGUUAGUUGUUAUUGGAAGAGCACAGCCAUAAUGGGUAGCUGCUAUUUCUUGACGUGCUUUCUUUGUUUUCUGGUUUUCAUGGCUACAAUGACAUCUCAAGCCAAAGGCGAUGUAACUUCAGAAGACUUCCACUACUUCUGCGACUCCAACAACGACAGAGGAAACUACGCAACCGAUGGAAUCUAUAGCCAAAACCUGAAGACCGCUCUCACCCUCGUCGGUAUCUAUGCGUCCAGAAACGGUUUCUUCAGCGUCUCAAGGGGCAAGGACACAUACAGUGCCAACGCCAUUGGGCAGUGUAGAGGUGACGUCACAUCAACAGAGUGCAGCAAGUGCCUCGCCCAAACCAGAGCCAACCUCACCCGCGUUUGCGGCAACCGGAAGGAGGCCAUCGGGUGGUACGAGAACGAGAAGUGCAUGCUGCGCUACUCCGAUCGCACCAUAACGGGCCUCGACGAAAUUGGGCCUGCUUACUUUGUUUGGAACCUCCACGACGCACCCAACGCCGAUCAGUUCAAUCGAGUGGUGAAGAAGCUUCUGGAUGGCCUCCGAGACACCGCGGCGUCGGCUGUCAAUGGUCGGAAAUACGCGGCGUCCAAUGCCACGGGCCCAGAUCAGCAAGUCAUAUAUGGGCUUGCACAGUGCACCCCUGAUUUAAGUGGGCCUCAGUGCCUUGACUGCUUGGUCCAGUCCAUCGCUGAACUUCCACGGUGCUGUAAUAACAGGAUAGGUGCCAGAAUUAUUAGACCUAGCUGUUACGUGAGGUACGAAACCGAUUUUCCUUUCUUUGGGCCUCCGGCAUCCGCCCCUUAACAGUUGUUUCCUUUCUAAGCUUUAAAACUCGGUUAAGAAACAAAACUAACGUAGUUUUGUGAAUUUUAAUAUAAAUAAAGACCCAUAAUAUUUCGAUA